AUGAACUUCUUCUCCGUCCUUCCCUCUUCCAUAGGAAGUUCCAUAGGAAGAAAGCUUCUGCUCUUCGGCCUAAGGCAGAUCGAUCUACUCGAUAAAGAUCCCUCGGACUUUGUUAGUGUUGAUGUUGGCAAGAAGACUACAUUGGAGGUCCGAGAUGUCGGGCUGCAUGUCAAGCUUCCUCCCGAAAUCCGGAUAUCAAAAGCAAGAGUCUCCCUCCUCCGCGUAACCUUCAUUCUAGAGUUCGGUGUGCCGCAGAUCAUUAUCGACAUAGAUGGCAUACAGCUGCACGCGCAGAUAGUAGAAAAUGAGGAUACCGCCGAGGUGAAGCCUCGUGGAAAGGAGCCCCAGCCUCCUCGGUCCUCAGCACGUCCUAGGUCGCCCCAUAGACGCCCAGCCGACAGCACGAGCGAAUACUCAUCGGAGGAUGACGACGAGCAUAUACCUUCGGUCGACGACUUAGCCCAGUCUUUCAUAAGAGAGGAAUCUGCUGAAGAAAUUCGUGAGCUCGAAGAAGCAUUGCAUAACGAGUCCGCAUAUCUGCACGAAUCGGUUAGCGAAUAUGGUGAUGACGAGAGUGUUGCUGGCGUGGGAACCCCUCUUGGGCUUCCUGGCAUACUACGGAAUAUGCUUAACACCGCCUUGGAUCGUCUUCGUAUCACUGCCAAUCACAUCGAUAUUCAACUCGAAGAUCAGAUCCCGUCCGAUCCUAGCCAAUCUCCGCUCGAUGACGAGGGUGUUGAUGUCUCGUUGAACCUACAUGUGGAUCAAGUUAGCAUUGAUUCCGUUACAGCACCUGAACCUAAUGUAGAGGUUACAGGAUCAAGGACCGCGGAGUCAACGCCUUCAAGAGUUGGAAAACGUCGCAUGCGAAUCGAAAACGUGUGCGCCCGAUUGUUCUCUGAUGUUGAGAGUUUUGCCACAUUUUCAAGAAUCUCGAGAUCGCUAUCUCCAGUCGACGCCCGCUCAGAAGUAUCUUCAAGUCGAAAGUCACAGAGCGACGUUGCAGCUAGCCGGACGUCUGUAGAUUAUCCAGAACCAACAGCAGAGCCCCAGGCCCAAGAGGGUAUCACUCUGGAACACCAAGUCCAAGAACCGACCACACCAGAACUGCAGCAGUCCACUCACAGUGAUGACUUACUCUCACAGUCCUUAACGUCUCCGCAUUUGAUACAUCCUUCAGCGUCCAUACAUUCUGCGCACCGUGACGGCCUCCCUUCUCAACAUUCAUCUCGUUUAGAGCAGCCCAAUACUCCGACAGCCAACGAACCUGAGAAACUGGAACCAUUAGCAGCUUCCACGCACACUGUAGAUGAAGACCGCUUUGCGGAUGCUGCUUCAGAUGAUGGCUUGGACAAUCACCCGAUUUCUGACUCAACUUUCGGACUUAGAGACCUGCACCUACCCCAAGAUAUGGGUGGGAGCAGUAUUCUAUACGACAAUGAAGGUCUAGUAGAGUAUGCUCUAGACAAUUUGAUGUUUGACUCGGAACACGGCGGGUCGUUGCAUAAUCUUCCCAGGACCAGGCUCGCAGACAUUGCGGAUUCUGAACAUUCCCUUCCCGUCGACGAGAGUCUUCAAUCGAGUGCUGAUAUUCCGCCAACAGUGUCCGCCUUACUACAACAGUCUUGGAUUUCUCGUCAAAGCGAACAACCUUCUCCUCGACCUGAGCAAUCUAUGACUGUCGACUCCAUUGAAUCGCCAGCCCCUGCAGAUGUGCCUAGUUCUUCCCCUCACCAACGUAUGAGCCAAAGUAUUGAUAGCGUACCCGCGGAAAGCGCGGAAGGCGAACAGAGCCUGUCAGAGUCGACCCUCUUCACUCAUGAUGAUGCCGAAAGCAUGUACAUGAGUGCAAUGAGCGAGGCUCCUAUCAGUUCCCACCGCGGGCCCACUGUUCCUGGAGGGUGGGACUCGGUAUCUAAUUCGAGUCAAGGUACAGCUUCCGAGACGUCUACUCCAAUUCCUGCAGAUAUGACAGCCGGAAGUAUACUAGUCCCAGAUGUCGCAAAUGUUAUGGAUGAUGGCUGCCAAACUCCACGUCCAGGAAGUCGACAGAGUGAAGGCACACCCACACAGGGCCAAUCCCGACAGCAAAGCCCCGAAUCCCGUCAGAUGAGGCUCCGACAGAAGCUUUCGAAGCUAUUCUUCACUGUAGAUGAAAUCACAAUCUGGUUUCCAUUACGCCUUGAAAGUGAUCAGGGAGGAGAAGUGGAAGUGGAAGACAGUGCUGCCGAAGAGAAGGGAUUUUCGUUCAGUCGUCCGGACCUUGGCACGGACUCGAUAUUUCAAGAUAUGCCUGGCUCUUUCUCCAAUUAUGCGCAUUCGACGUCUCGCAGGAAUCCAUCAAUUGACCUCGGGGCAUCGUUCAGGAACAAGCCGGAUGCGAAACGAUCUGUUCCCCCAAUUUCCCCCAAACCUACAAAGUAUGAGCCGACUAUCAGUGUCGAAGUUGGCUCUGUUAUUGGCCAUCUUGACUUUUCAACUGGACGCAUAAUAUACCAGAUGGCACAAAGGUUUAUAGCUCUAAUCGGCACAGCACCAAGCGACAAGGAUCACAAACAGUCAGUUGAUGUCGGCGAUACAGCAAAAACCCCCAGUCCAUCCUUGACUCUGUCUGUAAAGAACAUCGGCAUUGCCUGGGUGAAGAACCUCAUGACAGAAUCUCUUGUGGAGUCACCCACACGAGCACAAUUGCAACUAGACCCUUCAAAUGCAAUUUUGAACCUCGGCCUUAGCUCGAUAGAAGCAUCUACGCAGACCCAGCCAAAUCAGUCACGGCUCAGAUUGCUUAUCGGAACGUUUAUCAUAUCGUCUAUGGGCCAUGACAUUCUAUCAUUUCGCAAGCCACGGCCUAGAUCUAGGCGAUCUGCUCCAAAUAACGCCGAAGGGCCUCAAAGUGAUAUCGAAAUUGUAUAUGAGCAAGGAAGCGAGAAGCGCAUUACAGUUGUGACACGUCCAGUCAAGAUUGAUUUCGAUAUGCAACAGGUCGACGAUGCACUGGGUUCUUUCGGUGGGUUCAGUGGUAUUUUGGAGAUGGGAAGCUCAAUGAGUUCCGCAAAUACUGUCCACAGCCCGAUGUCUCCCAGCGCUCCAUCCAAACCUCGAGGUGUACAUUUUGGAGAUGCGCCUUCAAAUCCACCACCCUCUACGUCACCCUCACCAGCAGCGCCCAAGAUAGACAUCAGGAUCGAGGAAGUCUUGUUCAUGCUACGGGGGCAAAGUUGCGCUGUACAGAUCAAGACUACCUCUGUCAAGGCUGCUGUGCGAGCCAGCAAUGUGCGACUCAAAGUAUCUGAAGUUGAGAUCUCUGGGCCUUAUACAGCAGACUUUAACAGUGGCUCACCUCUGGUACUGAACAUCAAGGACACGACCGUCGACUUCCGCUUCACACCAGACGAGACAGACCUUACUCGCUUGAUAUCGAUGAUCACGCCGUCAAAAGAUCCAUACGAGAAUGACGACGAUAUCAUGAUCGACACACUACUGCGUCAGCGACGGAAAGGCUCUGUUGUGAGAGCACAAGUGGCAACAGUCGGUCUUCGAAUCUCUGACAUUAGUGCUAUGGGGGCCUUCGAAGCUCUGGGUGCCGAGGUUGCACGACUCUCGAGAGUCACAAAGUAUCUUCCUGAUGAUGACCGUCCCGGUAUCCUUACCCUUGCAACUGUCCAUGAUUUUGAGGCAAGAGCAGUGGUGAAUGAGAAACUCGGAGACAUUCUACUCUCACUGCAAGAUGCUUCGAUAGCACACGUAGGAAUGCCUUCUCUUUUCGCUAUAGAGAUUGCAAAAACAUCAAUCCAUCGUAAAGAUGAAAUUCUUGUGCACGAGGUUGCAACACUUCCACCACAAGACCGUCUACCUAUGAUUAUGGCACGUGUGGUCGGCGAUGAGAUGGAACCGGUCGUCAAGGUUAAACUCUUCAACGUCUGUGCGGAGUAUCAUGUUACAACUGUCAUGGCAGCUCUUGGUAUCUCUGAGAAUGGCACAACGGACGAUAUCGCUCUUGGACUUGCGUCGUCUGUGGCAACAAUCACAGGCGUAUCUCAGCCUAAGAAGCUUAGCAGGCAAACUUCGGAAGCAAGCUCACCCUCGUCAGCCAACAACAAGCCUUUUCACAUUGAUCUCCUUCUAAGGAGCUGUGCGCUAGGGCUGAAUCCGCGGAAGAUCCCAUCCAAGGGCCUUUUCGUUCUUACCAACGCACAUUUCCUCGGAAAACAAUCGAAAGAAACCGACUAUUCAAUCACGGUUGAACUGCGCGAGGCGUCCAUUCACGCCAUCGAUGAUGUUGGACGUAUCGAAGAACAAGACUUCUCGCUUGCUAGGACAAAUGCACCGCCACGGGUCAACUCUCAACUUCAUGAACUCCAACGCCAGGGAUUCGUAUCUCUCAGUGUCAUCUCUGCAGCAAGUGUUCUGGUCGAUAUUUCAGGAGACGACCAGGACCAACCGAGAGUGGUUGAUAUUGAGUUCAAGAAUAAGCUCUUCGUCGUCGAAGCAUGCGCAGACUCGACGCAAACAUUGAUUGCUAUACUGAACGGCCUCCAGCCACCGAUCCCACCAAGUACAGCACAGCAGUAUCGUACUGUUGUUCCACUGCAACAGAUGAUGGAGUCUUUUACCGGCGAUGCCUUUGAUGCUGCUGAACUUCCGGAGGAAGAAAAUUUCAUGGACAAUGCCGAUUUGGUCACAGACGAAGUUCCUGCCAACCUUGAAUUCGUAGGGAGCUUUUAUAACCAAGAGUCCCUGCCUUCCGAAGAGGACCUUGGCGACAGUAUGCUCGAUGAAGAUGACCUCGAGGCUUUGGCAACGGCCCCUGUAGUUCGCCAGCGCGGCGACAAACGCCUGCUAGAAAGUUUCCAGGAGCAGUACGAGGUAGCCGAGGGUGAGAAUGACUUCGAAUUCGAGGAAAACUAUUUCCAAGACUCCGACUCCGAGCAUAAAGGAAAUGCUCGCAAAUGGGAUUCGGCAAAGAACAGAUACCAUUUGACAAACGAAUUUAAGACACCCGAUGCUCCCUUGAAAGUACGAGUACGGGACCUUAAUAUCAUUCUCAACCUUUUCGACGGAUACGAUUGGCCUAGAACUCGUGCUAUUUUGACGGAAGCUGUGGAAACCCUCGAGAAUCGUGCCGAGGAGAAACGGCAUCGGCCACGAGAGGACGAUGAAGAUGAGUUCGAGGUGGAACAAGACUUCCUCUUUAAUUCCGUGUGGAUUGGAGUUCCUAUCCGUGAUGAAAAGGGUGCCCUCACUCGACGUAUCAAUCACGAUAUCGACGACCUCGCAAGUGAGACUGGAAGUAUUGCAACCUCAACUGCAACUCGCUCAACCGGAGCUACGGCUCGCCCACGAACUUCGAAUAAGUCAUCGAGUCGUCGAAGACUGAAAUUGGACAGAAGCAAGCACAAGAAAAUUGCAUUCGAGCUGACAGGUAUCGCCGUCGAUUUGAUCGUCUUCCCGUCCAAUUCUGGAGAAACGCAGAACUCGCUUGAUGUACGGAUACAAGACUUUGAGAUUUUUGAUCACGUUCCUUCAUCUACAUGGAAGAAAUUCGUGACCGGGCUCAUAGAUCCCAGCCAACGCGAAAUGGGCAGACCAUUGAUCCGACUAGAGCUACAGACCGUAAAACCAGUGACAGACCUUGCAGCAUCGGAAUUGGUGAUCAAGGUGACCGUUUCUCCCCUUCGACUCCAUGUCGAUCAGGAUGCUCUGGAUUUCAUCACACGUUUCUUCGAGUUCAAAGACGACACCGCACCGGAGACAAGCACGCCGUCCGAGCAGCCUUUCAUCCAGCGCCUCGAGGUCAUGGCGGUAACGCUAAAGCUGGACUAUAAGCCAAAACGAGUUGAUUAUGGUGGACUUCGAUCAGGACACACCACUGAGUUCAUGAAUUUCUUGAUCCUCGAUGGAUCGGACAUCGUCCUGCGGCACGCCAUUGUGUACGGCAUCACUAGUUUUGAUAAGUUACACAAAACGUUGAACGAUGUGUGGAUGCCAGAUGUCAAACGCAAUCAGCUACCAGGGGUUCUAUCUGGCUUAGCCGCUGUCCGACCGAUUGUCAAUGUUGGAAGUGGUGUUCGCGACCUUGUCGUUGUGCCUAUGCGAGAGUACAAAAAGGAUGGCCGCAUCGUUCGCAGUCUACAGAAAGGCGUCUAUGCGUUUGCGAAAAACACAACCUCAGAAGCAGCUCGUCUCGGUGCUCGAGUAGCAAUCGGGGCGCAAACCCUUCUUGAGGGCGCAGAAAACUUCCUCAAUCCCCAGUCUCCAUCAACCCGGCCUUUGUCAGGUCUUCAUGAUUGGGACGAUCUGGAUCCUGCCGAUGGAGGCGAAGACGAGCCCCGUGCCGUAUCGAAUUAUGCCAACCAGCCCAUUGGUGUCAAGGCAGGCCUGAGAAGUGCAGCCAGGUAUCUUGAGCGCGACUUGUUGACUGCCCGGGACGCUGUUAUUGCCAUACCUGCCGAAGUGAUGGAGGAAGGUAGUGGCGUUGGCAUGGCGAAGGCUAUAGCCCGUCGAGCACCUACAGUGAUCCUACGACCAGCUUUAGGUGCCACCAAAGCGAUCGGAAAUACUCUGCUUGGUGUUGGCAACGCGCUUGAUAAGGAUAGCAAGCGGAAGAUUGACGAUAAAUACAAGUCCUACUAA